CCAUAUUCAUACAAGUUUAUUACCAUUUAUUACCUCUACACAAUGUGUACCUGAUAAUUUACAUUUAAUGCUUCGUAUUGUUGAUAUAUUAAUUGAAUGCUUCUUUUUUGAACUAAUGUAUGAUCCAAUAGCAUUUGAUAAUAGGCCAACAAAUUCAAUAUCUAUUCGAGAAAAAGUUGAAUAUAUUAUGAAAUUAAUUGGCAUUACAUGUUUUAAAUUUUUUCCUCCUGCAAAAAAAACUAAAACCACAAAAUGGACCUGGUGCACUUUAAUGGGACCUUCUAAACUAAAAAUUGUUGAAAAAUUUCCA